GGCUGUCCUCGGAGCUCUGCCUGCAAUCCGCUCCUUUAAUGACUCGAGAGGGAGCCCUAUUAAUACCAACGGGGCUGAUCUCCGCGUAAACAAGCCGAGGAUGGCGGGGCAUCCCAGGGUCAACGUGCAGCUCCGCCGCCGCCGCCUCCUUUUGCUCUGCACAUUCCAGAGGGUGUUAGCUGUGCUCGGGCGAGAACAAAAAGGAUUCUCGUGGCGCCUUGGAAGGCUGCCGGAUAAAGUGGGGCUUUAGACCACGAGCACUUUGCACCGAAACACACUCUUUAAGGUGCCAGCCACAAUACAGUACUCUUUUGUUGCUGUUGUUGCUGCUGCUGUCUUUUUUUGGCCGUUUCCACGCAGAGGCAACUAGGGGGAAAAAAACAGGGUCCUCAGAACUUCCAGAGCGGGUGGCUGAGUUAGUCUGUUGCAGCAAAAAACAAUAACCCCAAACCCGACAGUCUUGUGGCACUUUGAAGACGGGCACAUUUAUUGUAGAAUAAGCUUUUGCGGAAGAGAGCCCACUUCCUCUACUGCUUGAAGGGUUAUCCUUAGCUGGCAUAUCUAAAUGGGGUUGCAGAAGAAGAAGGGUGUGAUCAUCGAGGUAGUUUUACAGUGCUUUGCCCUCACAGAAUCCAUGCAGCCCCAAAGUAAUGAGGCUGAAGAUUUCAGAACAGAUGUUGGAAGAUGUUGGCGGUGGACAAAGGGAUCGUAGAAGAAUGGUUAUCGGAAUACAAGACAGUGCCAGAAGCAUCUAUACCAAGCUAUGCUAAAAAUCUGAAAGACAAGAGUUCUCUGGUUUCAUCUCUUUAUAAAGUUAUUCAGGAUCCACAAAGUGAGCUGCUAGAACCAGUCUGUCAUCAGCUGUUUGAGUUUUAUCGUAGUGGUGAGGAACUUCUGCUUCAGUUCACACUGCAGUUUCUUCCAGAACUAAUAUGGUGCUAUCUUGCUGUUUCUGCCAGUAAGGACCUACAAAGCAGUGGCUGCAUAGAAGCACUUCUCUUAGGAGUUUAUAACUUGGAAAUAGUUGACAAAGAGGGGCACAGUAGGGUAUUAAGUUUUACAAUUCCAUCCUUAUCCAAACCUUCCAUAUAUCAUGAACCUUCCAGUAUUGGGUCAAUGGCUCUUACUGAGGGUGCUCUAUCUCAGCAUGGCUUAUCCAGGGUUGUGUAUAGCGGACCUCAUUUGCAGAGAGAGAUGUUAACAGCACAAAACAGGUUUGAAGUAUUGUCAUUCCUUUUGUUGCGUUACAAUGCUGCCUUAAGCUAUAUGCCUGCAGUUUCUCUUCAAUCUUUAUGUCAAAUCUGCUCAAGGAUCUGUGUUUGCGGAUAUCCUCGUCAACAAGUAAGGAAAUACAAAGGCAUAAACAGCAGGAUUCCAAUUUCCUCUGAAUUCAUGGUGCAGAUGUUAACUGGGAUUUAUUAUGCUUUUUAUAAUGGAGAAUGGGAUCCAGCUCGUAAAGCAAUGGAUGAUAUUUUAUACAGAGCACAACUGGAGUUGUAUCCAGAACCACUGUUGGUUGCUAAUGCAAUAAAAGCUUCAUUGCCUCAGGGUGCCAUAAAAUCUAAUAAAGAAGGUACAAAAUGUAUUCAGGUUGAAAUUACACCUACUGCAUCUAGAAUAUCAAGAAAUGCAGUGACCAGCAUGUCUAUUCGGGGCCAUAGAUGGAAAAGGCAUGGUAGUGAACUAGGCAUUCCAGAAGAAGAACUGAUUGAAGUGUCUGAAGUUGAUGAGGGUUUUUACUCUAGGGCUCCUUCUACCACAAAUCAUUCUGCUUUCAGCAGCAACACCAGUAACAAGACUCAGCUAAGCAAGAGUCAGAGAAGGUCUGGAGGAAGCAAGGUUGGAGGAAAAGAAAAAGAAACUGUUGGUGAAGCCUACAAAGAUCAUCUGUCUCGUAAACAAAACCAGCGAGCAAUGAGUGAGAAUUUAGAGCUUCUGUCUUUAAAGAGACUGACCCUGACUAGCAGCCAAUCUCUGCCUAAGCCAGGCAGUCAUAGUUUGGCUAGAACUAGCACUACUCUUUUUAGCAAAUCCUUUGAGCAGGUCAGUGGUGGUGUAGUCCCAAAUAAUCACCACAGUGGCACAGAAGCAAACAGAUUUUCAGUCUGUAGUCUGCAAGAGGAGAAUCUGAUUUUUGGAGCCGACAGAAUAGAACUUCCUAUUUCAAGCAAACAGCCAAAUCAGCAACGACCACCUACCAUCAGCAUAACUUUGUCAGCAGACUAAGGAGCACCUGACUAAUUUGUCAGUAUAAAAGAGAUUCAGUUGCUAGUACUAUAGCCCUGGUGCCCUUUUAAAAAAAAAUCUUUUGAGAUAUCUUUAAAGAUUUUCUUGUUGAAAAUAAUGUCUAAAUUGCAAGUUUUAAGGAUUGCAGUGUUUAAAAAGAAUAGGGUAGACAAUUCUAAGUAUUUUAUAAUAAUGAUGUCACAGUCUUUGAGAUUCUUAAUUUGAGGAUUGACAUUUGUAAUGGUACUACAAUAAAGUUUGUACUGAAAAUCUAAUACAUGAUGAACCUGUACCAGGGAAAUUUUAAAAAUAUGGGUUGUGCUGCUUGUGCAAGCUUCAGUUACAUGUUUUUGGUGAACAAUGGGUUGCAAUCCAGAAUAUAUGUGCCAUUUUACUACAAGAGGAUGCUACUUUUUUAUAUUCAUCAAAGCAAUUUUAGGAGUCCACUCAAUGCAGUAGCUUGUAAUGGGAAAAAAUAUUUGGAAAUAAAUCAGAAUUCUGGAUAGAG